UCCUUCGCCUUUUGCGCCUCGUGAUAUCCGUCCAUCCAUCCGUCUACAAGGGACUCGCUUCGUUACUUUUGUGCUUGUGUUCCUCCGAAUACCUGCAUUCCACGUCCCUUUUCCCACCUCCUGCUCUCUCGCUUGAAACAGCUUCAACCAUCUUCAACCACCUUCCCCGCCUCUCGAAGCGACUCGGUAUCUUUCUUGUGCCACUUGUCUAUUUGUCUUGACCUUCCUUGUCUUGCCUCGCUUCGCCAGACUGUAACCCUUACAAUUCUCCAAAACUUCUUAUUACAAAGGCAAACCGACAUCGCCCGCAAUGGCGCUCCAAACACAAAAAGACUACGAUAUCCAGAACAAGAAACUCUUCACAGUUCCUCCUCCUGGUCGUCCCUACGGCGUGCCAGUCGCUGGAACCGAAAGGCCCAACCGAACCGCCGCCUACCGGCACUGGGCAGUCGGCGAUGGCCCUCUUGUCACUUCCCUCGAGCCUGGUAUCAACUCGACACACGACAUCUUGAACAGGAGUGCGCGCAAGUGGCCCAAUUCCAAAUGUCUCGGAACCCGUCAUUGGAACCAGGCGACUCAGCAGUGGGAGGACAAGUACGACUGGAUCACCUACGCCGAUUUCGACGUCCGAAGGAAGAACUUUGGCGCUGGUCUUGUUGAGAUCCACAAGGGUAUUGGCUAUGCGUCCGAGAAGUACGGUGUCGGUCUAUGGUCGCAGAACAGAGCCGAAUGGCAGAUCGCUGAUUUCGGCGCUGCUUCUCAAUCCCUGUAUUCGGUCUCGCUCUACGAAACUCUGGGUCCCGACACAACAGAGUACAUCAUCAACCAUGCCGAGGUCGCCUGUGUCGUCUGCUCUCUUCCUCAUAUCCCUGUUCUUCUUAAGAUGUCGCCUCGACUUCCAGGUCUGAAACUCAUCGUGUCUCUUGACCCCCUUGAGCAGGGUGAGCUGGCUUCUCACACCAAAGCCUCUGUCCUCAACGAGAUUGCUUCUCAUCAUGGGAUUCAGAUCUUUUCCAUGGCUCAGGUUGAGGAGAUUGGCGCCAAGUCUGGACGUGCGCCUCAACCUCCUACCCGCGAGGAUAUCUGCACCAUCAACUACACCUCUGGUACUACUGGUAACCCCAAGGGUGUUAUGAUCACCCACGGGAACGCCGUUUCGGCUAUCGCAGGUGGCCGAACCAACGGCAACGUGUGCCCCAAGGAUGUUCACAUGUCGUACUUGCCUCUUGCCCACAUUUACGGCCGACUCAUUGAUCAAAUUGCUGUCGCUGAGGGUGCUGCGAUUGGUUUCUUCCGAGGCGAUAUCCUGGGUUUGGUUGACGAUAUGAAGAUCCUCAAGCCCACUGGUUUCAUCUCUGUUCCCCGACUCUUCAACCGUUUCAAUUCGGCCAUUCGCACCGCUACUAUUGAAGCCGAUGGUGUCCGUGGCGCUCUCUCCCGACGUGUUAUCGAUACCAAGAAAGCCAACAUGCGACUACCGCCCGGUCAGGCUUCCAACACCCACUUCUUGUACGACCGAAUCUGGACUCCCAAGGUCAAGGCCGCUGUGGGUAUGGACAGGGUUCACAGUAUGGUCAGUGGCAGCGCUCAGCUUGAUCCCGAUGUUCAGCAGUUCCUGCGCGCCGCCUUCGCCAACCACUUCGCCCAGGGCUUUGGCAUGACCGAGACAUACGCUGUUGGCUCCAUCCAGGCCCGAGGCGACUUCACUACUGGAAACAUUGGCGGUCCCAUGUGCUGUGUGGAACUCUGCCUAGAGUCCGUUCCCGAGUUCGAUUACACUGUGGAUGACAAGCCCAACCCUCGUGGUGAGCUUCUCAUUCGCGGUCCUGUUAUUUUCCGCGAGUAUUACAAGAACGAUGAGGAGACCCGCAAGACUCUGGAUGCCGAUGGUUGGUUCCACAGCGGUGACAUCUGUGAGGUGGACAAGAUGGGCCGCUUCAAGAUCAUCGAUCGCAAGAAGAACGUCCUCAAGCUCGCCCAGGGCGAGUACAUCUCCCCUGAGCGUAUCGAGAAUGUUUACAUGGGUAGCACCAGCCUCGUCAACGCGGCUUUUGUUCACGGUGACGGCACUCAAUCUUCGCUGGUCGCGAUUUUCGGCAUCGACGUGGAGAACUUUGCCCCAUUCGCUAGCAAGAUCUUGCAAGAGACCAUCACCCCCAACCAGGUUGCAGAUCUGCGCGUUGCAGCCAACAACCCCAAGGUGAAGGCCAAGUUUCUCAAGGUUCUCGACGGUAUUGGCAAGAAGCACAAAUUCAACAGCUUUGAGAAGGUGCGCAAUGUCCACCUCGAUAUUGACCCCUUCACUAUCGACAACGGCAUAUUUACUCCUACACUGAAGCUUAAGCGUCCCCAAGCAGCUAAGGCUUACCGGGAGCAUAUCGACCGCAUGUACGAGGAGCUUGCGGCCCAGGAGCCUAUUGGAAAGAACAAGCUAUAAAAGAUUUUGGCAUUUUCAGUACGAACAUGUGGAUUUUUGGCGUUAUAGCUGCAUAGGAGGUUUUACAUAUAUAUUCAAGGAGUUGCUGAGCGGCUUGGAUUGUAUAUUAUUAGUAUAGUAUAAUUAUACUGCAAAGCAGAUCACUACUUGCAAUAACUGCUCGAGAAAUGUCAGUGAGAAAAUCUGUGUAUCUUUUAUAGGUUUUGGAGAGAGAUGUAUUCUUUUGUUUUAUUUAAAUUGCAUUAUGUAGCUGUGUCAAGCCAUCGCUCUGUGCCAUGCU